AUGGCCGGCGGGGCCAUGGCGGGUGGGGAGGAUUCGCUUCGCGCUCUGCUCCGCGCCGCCAACGCGCUCCUGCAGCAGCGCCGCUACCACGCCGCGCUCGCCGUCAUCAAAGGCUUCCGGAACGGCGCCGUUUAUGGAGCCAAAAUCCGUGCCCCACACGCCCUGGUGAUGACUUUCCUGUUCAAGAGUGGAAGUUUCAGGGAGAAGCUGAAGUCCAUUGCUCAGGCCACGUACGCCCACUCCCGGAACCUGGCUUAUUUUGUGUUCACCUACAAGGGGCUCCUGGCAGCCCAGUCCCGGCUGCAGGGCAAAAAAAUCCCAUUCCAUUCCUUCCUUGCAGCCUGCAUUGGGGGCUGGCUGGUGUUUGGUGACAACAAUCCCAUCAACAGCCAGAUCAUCAUGUACCUGCUGUCCCGCAUCCUGUUCGGGCUGUCCCGGCUGGCUGUGCAGAAGGGCUACAUCCCCCAGCCCAGGCAGGAUCCCUUCCCUCUGCUGGCUGCCCUGGUGUGGGGGACAGUCCUGUGGCUCUUUGAGUACCACAGGGACACUCUGCAGCCCUCCCUGCAGUCCUCCAUGACCUACCUGUACGAGGACAGUGAGGUGUGGCACGACGUGUCUGACUUCCUCAUCUACAACAAAAGGACAGACAGCAAGUAGGUGCUGCCCUCCAAACCACCUUGGAAUGGGAUGGGACCUCCCAGCAGCUGGGGGAAAAGGUUGUUCUGUUGCUUUUGACCUGUGGUUUUUUAAAAUUAACAUCCAUCAAGCAGAGUUGGCUCUUAUCUCCAAGCCAGAAUGUUCUGAUCAGUUUUUUGGCUCCUUUUAGAGCAAGCUCAACCCCCACAGAAAUUUGUUGCAAGUCUGGUUUUAAGAGGCCUUAUUUUCCCUACAAGUGUGGCAUUGGGGUUUGUUCUUGAAAAACUAAAUAUAUUUAUAAAAUGACAGCCUGACACUAAGUGGAGAGUAUGAAACCAUGUUCUAGGGCUCAUCUGAAUGUUUACAAGUGUUUUUUUCUGUGCUGUUGUGCUCACUGUGGUGGGAUUGAGGGUGAAGGGAGUGGGGGAUCUGCUGAGCUCUGAGAGCAGGGCCAUCAUUUCUUCAUUGCUGUGGAUGGCUGAGAAUCCUGUUCAAACUAUUAUAAGGACAGUUCUGUGCUUCUUGAGAGAGUUCCUCUGCAAUUUUCCCUCAGGGAGACAAUAAAAUGUGUGAGAAUUGAACUGUUAGGAUUGUCUUGUACCAGCCUGGUAAAUCAGGCUUGCAAACACUAUUUUUGCUUGGUUCCUUUCCUGCACUUGGGCUGAAUCUGUGCCCCUAUAAAGUGCACUAAUGAAUACCCUGUAAUUAUUUUACACUUGUUUGUAAAGCUUUUAAAAGCUGCUUGAACUAAAUACCAAAAACAGUUACACAACUUGGGCUCCUCUAUGACCAGGGGUCAGAUCUCAUGCUGGGGAUUUUGUGUGUCUAAGGGGGCAUUUCCCAAGCACUUUUAUUUAUUUUAUUUUGGUGGAGCAUGGCAAGGGUUUCUCUGAGGUCCAGAAUCUGCCUUCCACAGCUGUGGAAAGUGCUGGCUGUAACCAGAUUUGAAUCUGAUUUUGUACCUGUAGUUUGUGCAGGCUUAAUUAAUUAAUUUAAUUGAUUAAUGUAUUAAUUAUCUUCCUCUCAAAAACACUCUGCUGAGCCCCAGGAUAGGGCAGCACACCCUGGGUUAUGGCAGAAGAUAGCUGAGAAAGCACAAAAACUGGUUUCAUUAAUCAAUUAAUAAAUUCAAACUCCUCAUAGUGCAAAUAACUACACACUUUACUCAGUGAUGUGCAUUGAAAUAAUUCCUGCUUUGAUGGGGUGAUAUUUCCAAGGGAAUCAUGAAAUUCCCUGCUCCCUUUUGGCUCAGUUGGGACUGUUUGGUUCACUUUCCCUGUACCCACCUGCUUUUCCCUGACCUGCCCAUGGCAUUUCAUAGUCCUGCUGAUGCUCUCUUCAUCAUCCUUGGAACUUUUUACCCUCCAGGCUCUGGCAAUUUCUCCUAUGGUACAGCUGAAAUAGUACAUUUCACUUCAGGGAGCUUCUGAUUUUAAAAAAAAAAAUCUCAAUUUCUUCUGAAGUCAUUUUUCCUUGUCCUCCUAACCUCCUUUAUUAUUGCUGCUCAUAUUCAGAGUCCUCCUUAUUCUUUAUUUUUCCCCUUUUCUUUGUCCAUGCAAAUCCAUGAUGCCUAAAAACCAAGACACUUCUUGUCAUAAUAACUUUCUAUGAUCCCUUCAACUUCUAAUUUCAUUGCUAACUUCUGAUUAACUGCUGUUACAGUUUGGACUGAAUAAUUGAAUUGGAAUCCAUCAAGCCCCAUGGAAGCUGUAAAAUUAGGAAUUUGUUUCCUUUGGCUAAAUAUGUUUCUCUGUAUAUACAGCUGAAAUGGUACAUUUCACUUCAGGGAGCUUCUGAUUUAAAAAAAAAACUUCUCAAUUUCCUCUUAAGUCAUUUUUCCUUGUCCUCCUGAACUCCUUUAUUACUGUUGCACAUAUUCAGAGUGCUGCUUUGCUUUAUUUUUCCCCUUUUAUUUUUUUGCUUUUCUUUAUUUUCCCCUUUUCUUUGUCCAUGCAAACCCAUGAUGUCCAUGGUGCCCAAAAACCAAGAUACUUCUUUGUCAUAAUGAUCCCUUCAACUUCUAAUUUCAUUGCUGAUUUCUAAUUAACUGCUGUUACAGUCUGGACUGAAUAAUUGAGUUGAAAGCCAUCAGACCCCAUGAAAGCUGUAAAAUCAGGAAUUUGGGUGGUUUCUUUUGGUUAAAUAUUUUUCUCUGUAUAGAGAAACAUAAAGGUUCAAUACAGAAAAGCUGCUGAAGCUACAGGUGAGGUCUGAUUCCUUUAUAAAAAUCUUUCCACCACUGUUGGGUGUUUGAAGCAUCUCAGUUUUUCUGUCAGAAGCCUCAGUAUUGUUCCAACUAAGAGCAUUGAUAUUCUGCUAAAAUUGCAGAAUUCCUGCAAGCUUUGAUGGGAUUUCAGAAAGCUGACAGCUGUGCCUUGGGAAAUGCUCCCUAAAACUAUUAAACUCACAAAUCCUUGACCAUGUGUAAUUAUUGCAGCCAAAGAAGCUGUGGGCUGGGUGUCUCUGAGAAGGUUUUGAUCUGUGAGAUUUGUAGCUUGUGGUUCCCUUAGAGGUGGAAUAACCUUCCUCUGCUGGGCAUUGUGGCUGCUGGUGGAAGGACCAGGGGCCUUUCCUGACCUUUUCAUUGCUCUGUGCCCUUUAGAAAAUAAAGCUCAGCCAAAAACCAAUGUAUGCAAUCAGUCUGGCAGCAGUACCAUGAUUUCUUGGUUCAGAACUCCCUUUUUCUCUUGGGAAUCUCUCCUUUCUAAGAAAGCCAUGGCUGAGCCUGCAGUGGAGCUGCCAUCCCAACUCCUGACCUUUCCACAUUGCUCUCUGUCUUCUCCAGAAAACAAAUCCCAGCCAAAACCCAGUGUCUGCAAUCAGCCUGGCAGCAGUACCAUGGCUUCUCCUUGGUUCAAAAUUCCCUUUUUCUCUUGGGAAUCUCUCCUUUCUUAGAAAGCCAUGCCUGAGCCUGCAGUGGAGCUGCCAUCCCAACUCCUGACCUUUCCACACUGCUCUGUGUCCUCUCCAGAAAACAAAUCCCAGCCAAAACCCAGUGUAUGCAAUCAGCCUGGCAGCAGUACCAUGGCUCCUCCUCAGUUCAAAAUGCCCUUUUUAUUUGGAAAUCUCUCCUUUCUAAGGAAGCCAUGGCUGAGCCUGCAGUGGAGCUGCCAUCCCUGGAUCCCAGCUCUGACCUUUUCACACUGCUCUGUGUCCUCUCCAGAAAAUAAAUCCCACCCAAAAACCAAUGUCUGCAAUCAGCCUUGCAGCAGUACCAUGGCUUCUCCUUGGUUCAAAAUGCCCUUUUUUUGGGGGGAAUCUCUCCUUUCUAAGGAAGCCAUGCCUGAGCCUGCAGUGGAGCUGCCACCCCAACUCCUGACCUUUCCACACUGCUCUGUGUCCUCUCCAGAAAAUAAAACCCAGCCAAAAACCAAUGUCUGCAAUCAGCCUGGCAGCAGUGACCAUGACUUCUCCCUGAUUCAAAACUCCCUUUUUCUCUUGGGAAUCUCUUCCUUUCUUAGAAAGCCAUGCCUGAGCCUGCCAUGGAGCUGCAGUGGAGCUGCCAUCCCUGGAUCCCAGCUCUGACCUUUUCACACUGCUCUGUGUCCUCUCCAGAAAAUAAAACCCAGCCAAAAACCAGUGUAUGCAAUCAGUCUGGCAGCAGUGCCAUGACUUCUCCUUAGUUCAAAACUCCCUU